ACUACACAACUGAGUGAAAGCUUUAAUGCUAGUUUGAAGGGGUAUUUGAAUUCAGACCUACAAUUGCCUGAGUUUUUUACUCACUUUGUAAGAAUGGUAUUUGACAAGCGGUAUAAGGAAUUGGAAGCUGAAUAUGAUUUGUUGUUCCGGAUUGUUCACUGCAAGAUGGAGGUAAGUAUCUUGAUACAUGCACGAGAAGUUUAUACUAAAGCCAUAUUUAAGGUGUUUCAAGCUCAGUUUGAGGACUCUUUAAAGUCUUCCAUAACAAAGUGCGUGUCCAAUGGUGAAAAAUAUAUCUUCACUGUUGUUAGGGAUGGGUUCUCUAAGGAGAGGCUAGUAAAAAGAGAAGGUCAGUUUACAGUAUCUUGCAGCUGUAGGAUGUUUGAAACUAUAGGUGUUUUGUGUAGGCAUUGCAUCAAAGUGAUGACAGAAGGCAGAGAAACUACACUGAUAAAAAAGAUACCUGAGCAAUAUACCCUAGAGAGGUGGACAAAAAAUGCAAGAGUUGAUAAUAUUGUGCAAGACAUGCGGGGGCUCGAGAUUGUAGAGAACCCAAGGCUGAAACAAACUUCUCGAUAUAGAAGUUUAUGUUCUAAGUUUGUUCGACUUGCAUCAAGAGCAUCUGAGAGUGAGAAGACGUAUGAGGCACUAGAUAUGGAAGCUGAUAAGUUAGUAAAGAUGGUUGAAGAUAUGUUACGUGUAGAAAUAAAUGGUGAAAAAGAUGUGGAAGAUGAAGCGUCAAAUGUCUUGGUUGAUUGCACUAAUAAUGUAGCCGCUGUGAAUGCAAAGGGAUUCAAAAGGAGAGAAGCUACACAUCGUGGAAAACGUCGGGUAAAGGGAGAUUUUGAAGCUCAGUUAAGCAAAAGCAAAAAGAAGCCCGCACAGGUAACUAAAGUUCCAAGACAUUGCGAUGCAAUGGACCAAUCUCAUGUACCUUCUUCACAACAAUCUCAGGUCAGUGGGAUUUUAAGCAAUACCUCUGGCAUAGAGUUAUGUGGUCAGACUUCAUUACCUCUCAAUAAUUCAUCUCAGGUACCUAUGCAUUCUCCUAUGAUGGUUGGUAAUGGUAGAUAUAUGCUAAUGCCGCAUCAUCCGUAUAAUAUACAUGGGCAUCAAUUGAAUAUGCCAAACCAAAUGUCUUGGAGGGGGGAGAAAGAAUUCUCUGGGCCAAGUUCACAAGAAUUUGUUCAAUCAAAUAUCAUGGGAUUUCAUUUGCACAAGACCCAGAAAAAUGGAAGAACUGAGGAAAACUAGUGCAUGUGUAUAUUGGUGGAUAUGUACUGCAGGGAUACUUUUGUUGUGCAGGGAUGAAUUGGCAGAUUAGUGGGUAUUUUUUUUAGUGUUGGGAUACUUUUGUUGUGUAGGGAUACUUUUGUUGUGCAGGGAUGAAUUGGUGGAUAUGUAGUGCAUGUAUAUCUUUAUAUAUUUGAUCUUAUAUGGAAUGAAAAUUUUAGUUUCAGUUU